GAACCUUUAUUCCAUGCAGGAUUAUAACACGACCAUUAUUUAAGCAAUGUUUUAGAAAUGGUCACACUUUUUACAAUCAUUUACGUGUAUACAUUGGUAUUUCGUUUUUAGAAAAAGAGAACUACACAACUUUUGCACGAAGUGCUUCUUUCGAAAAAUAAAUAAAUAAAAAAUAGAAUAAUAAAUAUAAGAAAAAUGUCCAGUUUAACAUUUGGUCCGAAAUGGGUGCGUGAUCUAUCCAGUGGUGAUAAUAAUGUUGCUGCUCCUCCUAACACACCACCUCCACGUAAAUAUAAAUUGGCAGAAUUUCGAUAUGGGCGUGAAGAAAUGCUGGCAUUGCUUAGUGAUAACUACGAUUUACCACUUGGGCUUAAAGAAUUUGAAGAUAUAAUAAAUAAACGUCCUGUUCAGCCACUAGCAUUUAUUCCUGUUUCGGAGGAAGAAGAGCGAUGUCAUAUGGGAGGUGUGAACAGUGCUGUAGUACUAAAGCUGACAGGAAGAGGUACACCUGUUUUACGUGGCCGAGGUGCAAUAAGAGGUCGAGGUCGUGGACGUGGUGCAGAUUAUCCUUUAAAUAGAGCUUCAUCUACUUCUGAUGAAAGUACUUACCCACAGAAACCUUGGACAGAAAAUCAAUCCAGAGGAGGAUACCAUCGGCCAGUCGGAAGAGGAGAUAGUUUUGAUGCAUUGUCAAAUCGAAGUUAUGAACCUACUCGGGGUCGAAUAGCUAGUGACGGGGGCCAACCAUCGCCUCGUUCAGAUGAAUUUUGGCGUUCCAAUGGUAAUGAUGUGCCUACAUCAACUGAAGAUCCUGGUUCUCCAAAUCAAGAGAAUGGUGGCGCAGAUGGAUGGCGUCAAGGUGGAAGUAAACUGUCUGUCACAAAACCAAUAGUCAAAAAAAACAUUUCAGACAAUGCUCGUAACUGGAGAGAAGUGAAAGAACAGCAACAACAAUCAAACAAUGAGCAUGUUCCUCAAACAACAAAGUCAUGGACAAAAUCUUCUAGUCAUGAAAAAGAUGGCAGUUCAAGCUUACCUGAAUGGUGCAAUGAUGAUAGUUUUGAUGAUGCUGUUCAAGGAAGUUUUGAUUCUUCAGGGCAGUAUUGCUCGUUUAAAGAGCAAGAAAAAGAAAUCACAGAUAAUGAUAAAAAUGGCACUUCAAGUCAAGAAAAAAUUGUUAUAAAAAAUGAUACUAAUAAGUCUACAUCUCCAAUCACAGUUUUAGCAAAUAAAAACUCGUCUAACGAUUUAGCCUCGGAUGCAUCUACUGACACUGUUCUUGUUGAUAAAUCUGCUACUUUUUCCCACCCUUCUGAAGUUACUCUUUCAUGCACUCAAAAUAGCGACACAGUAAUAAAUAACACUUUAAAUGAUACUACUAAGGAGUUUUUUAAUAAUGUUAGAGAAUUUAAAAAAGAUGAUAAAACAAUAAAAUUAAAUACUGAUAAAGAUAUUAAGAACUCCACCAAAAAGGAGGAGUCAGUUAAAAAAUCCCAGCAAAAUAAUAGUACGCAAAAUAGUGAACCUGGCAAUCAAGAUGCAGAUUUUGAGUUUAGCCUGGAUCAUAUUAAAGACAUGGUUGAAAAUCUUGAUUAUGAAUCAGAAGAUGAUAAGUAUCAAGAUAGUUUAAAAAAUAGUUCUACUGUAAAUGAUCCUAGCAUUGUAUUUGCUAAGAAAGCUGAACCUGGAACUGAUAGCACACAAAACUGGAUUUAUCUUGAUCCGCAGGGGGAGAUUCAAGGUCCCUUUUCCAAUGAGGAAAUGCUUGAGUGGUUUAAAGCAGGUUACUUUACUAUGGGGCUUUUAGUUAGAAGAAUUUGUGAUGCAACCUUUUUACCAUUAGAACAAGUUAUUAGGUUUUGGGGCAGAAUUCCAUUUACAUUGAAAAAUCAAAUCCCUCCUAUAACAAAUCAAAUGUUAACUAAUUAUCGACAAGAACAAGCUCAGUUGUUGCGCAUGCAACAGGUUCAACAGCAGCAAAAAGUUCAACAACUGCAACAAGUUCAGCAACAACAAAAACAAAAACUUGCUCAAAGACAACAGCAACAGUUACAACAAAGACAACAGCAGCAAAUGACACAGACACUAUUAAAACAUUUACAAAUUGAUAAUCAUCCCCAAGAUUCAUCAAUUCAAGAUCUAUCUGUUUGGGGUGAUAUUUCAACCAACCAUUCUCAAAAUGUCAAUGCAACAUCUGGAACCCCUUGGGUUCCUGGGUUUGAGAAUGAAACUAAUAUUUGGAAUGUCAAAUCACCUUCUGAAGCACUCAUGUUAAGAGACAUUGAAGCUGACCACAAUAAGCAAGCAAUGAUUGAACACCAACAUGUUUCCCAAAAUGAACAAUUCACAGGAGAUCAAUUGACUGUUGGAAAUGAGAACGAAAAUGAGAAUGAGAAAACUGUCCAAGAAAAAAAUGAGAUAAAGAAAGUAAACAAAAGCAACAAAAAGAAGUACAAAGAAAAGGCUGAAGAACAAGAAAUUAGGAGACAAAUGGAAACUGAGCAAAGGCAAAAAGAAAAAGAUGAAGCACAAAGAAAAGCCUUAGAGGCUUUAAAGCACCAACAGCAAAUUCAGCAACAACAGAGAAAUGCAGAACAAAAACGAAUGAUAGAAGAACAAAAUCGGCGUGAAGAAAUUAUUCGUACAAAACAACAGCAACAGCAGAUGCAUCAACAAAUGCUUCUUCAAAAGUAUCAUCAGGAACAUCAACAAAAACACCAGGUUUCUUCUAAUCCUAUAUGGCAAAUGACGCCCACAUCUUCUGCACCUUCUUUAGCUGAGAUUCAACGCGCUCAAGAGCGAAAAGAAGCAGAAGCACAUGAACACAUGAAAGCUAUACACCAACAUGAACAGUUAGUUCAACAACAACGAGCUCAACAAGCUCGUUGGGCUCAACAACAAAGUUUUCAAAAUCAGCAUAAACAAAAUUAUCAUCAAGUGAAACCAUUGGUAGAAAUUCAAGCUGAAGAAGCUCAAAAAGUUUUGCAACAACAGCAAAGACAACCUCAACAACAGCAACAGCAAGUUAACAAUAAUUUUAAUCAACUUCCUUGGAAUUCUUCUGGACAACCUCUUGUUGCUAAAACAUCUAAAAACAAUAAUUCUAUGUUUUGGGAUGAUGUGCUAGGAAGUCCUUUUACUUCAAGACCAAAUGGCAAAGCUUCUAUCCAACAACAAAUGCAAUAUCAAGCUCUUCAACAGCAAAGAAAAGGAUACAAUGACUUUCCUCCUUUUCAAACUGGAAAUAAAGCAAGUAAAAAGGAGAACAGAGAUCAGGAAAUUGUUAACCGUAUUUUCCAAGCUCCUACUCCAAGCUCAGACUUCAUUAAUUGGGUUGAAAGAAAUCUACCAGCUGUAAAAAAAGCAAUAGAUGUACCAACUGUUGUUUCAUUUUUACAAGAUAUUGAAUCCCCUUAUGAGAUACAUGACUACAUGAGAUCGUACCUUGGUGACUGUAAUGAACAAAAAGAAUUUGUGAGGGAGUUUCUGGAAAGACGCAAGAAAACUUGGCAACAACAGAAGCAGCGAAGUCCAACGGUUCCUUUACAAUUAAAUCAAACGCAAAGUAACAACGAAGACCAAGCUGAUUUUGACGAUAAAAAGUCGAAGAAAAAAAAAAAGAUGCAAAAAGUUGAUCCUAAUUUGUUGGGUUUUCAAUGCAAUGCUGCUCCUGAUGUAUUGAAUCGUGUUGGUGAAGUUGAAAGUAUUGAUUACACUGCUGCCAAGACAAAAAAAUAAUAUUUUUAAUAUCUUAUAUCUUGAAACGCCUUGAUGUUUCUCGAAGCAUCUUCAUGUGUCUUGAUAAACUUAGUUAUUACCUUUUUAUACCAUAUUUGAAAGAAUCUUUAUAUUAAGAGUGUUUGAUUUAUGUCAUGCAAAAAAACAAGGAAGAUAUCCGCGUUUUAUAGAUUAUUGUUUUUUGCAUUUAUUUUUUUCGUUCUACUUGCCUGCUUUUUAGAAUUAAGGAGUAGGUACUACAUAAAUUAAUUUUGUAUCUUUAGAAUAAAUUUAUUAAAUAAUUCCGAUUUGAAUUAAAAAACUUUAAAAGUCACAGUCGAUAGGAUUUUAAAUAAUGGUGCAUUCAUAAUGAUCUCAUUAUAUACAUAUACAUGUAAAGUUUAUUAUAUCUUCAUCUUUUAAAACGUAACUUCAAAGAUGUAAUGAUAUUCAUUGACUUCUUAUAAUUUUUGGCUGUGUCCAAUAUAUUGUAAAGAGUGUUUAUAAUGCUCUUAGAGAUGUAAUAUGUUUAUUUUUAUCGUUACUUUUUUAAACUUUACAACUCUCCAGAAA